AAAAAAGAGUUGGAAUUGUUUGUGUUUUGGAAUGGAAGAAGAAGAAGAAGAAGAAGAAGAAGAAGAAGAAGAAGAGGAAGAAGAAGAAGGAAGAAUAUGCAUAACAUAGCGUAUUCUCGAUUAGGUGGACUUCAAAAAUCCCUUACUCUAUACAGGAAAGUUCCAUGGUGGGAUAAAAUCUUAGAACCCGAUUCAGAGUUUGUUGUUCGAUGGAAUCGUAUUUUUCUCGUUACGUGUUUGAUCGCUCUCUUCAUCGACCCUCUUUACUUUUACCUUAUCAUCAUCGGCGGCCCUGGUUGUAUGCGUUUCAACACUCGUCUUGGUAUCGUCGUCACUUUCUUCCGCACCAUCGUCGAUUUCUUCUCUCUGUUUCACAUUUCUAUGAAGUUUCGUACCGCCUUCGUCGCCCCUAAUUCUAGGGUUUUUGGCCGUGGUGAUCUAGUUAUGGACCCUUCUGCCAUUGCUAUGCGCUACCUCAAGAAGGAUUUUCUCAUCGAUCUUGCUGCUACACUUCCUCUGCCUCAGAUUGUGAUUUGGUUUGUGCUUCCAGCAUUGAAAAAUCCAUCAGCAUCCCAUGCAAACCACACUCUUGCAUUGAUUGUCCUCAUUCAGUAUGCACCCAGGCUGUUUGUUAUAUUUCCUCUGAACAGACAGAUCAAUAAAACCACUGGUGCAAUUGCCAAAACUGCGUGGGCUGGCGCUGCCUAUAAUCUCCUUCUCUAUUUGCUUGCUAGUCAUGUUAUAGGAGCUGCAUGGUAUGUAGCAUCAAUUCAGCGUCAAGAUGAGUGUUGGAAAUUAGAAUGUAGGAAGGAAAUGAAUAAAACUCAUUCUCCUUCUUGUCAGCCUAUUUUUCUUGAUUGUGAAAGUUUGGAUAAGCCUGAAAGAAAAGCUUGGCUAAGAAGAACUCACGUUCUUACAAAUUGUGAUGCAUUCAAUGAUGAAAAGAAUUUUGAGUUUGGAAUGUUUGCUGAUGCAUUUACUGAUGAAGUUGCUUCUGCAGUAUUUUAUGAGAAGUACUUCUACUGCCUUUGGUUUGGUUUAAAGAGUUUGAGUGCAUAUGGACAAAAUUUAACGACAGGCACUUAUAGUGGAGAAAUUUUAUUUAGCAUUGUGAUUUGCUCCAUGGGAUUGGUUCUGUUUUCACAUCUCAUAGGCCAAGUUCAGAGUUAUCUGCAAUCCACAACUGCUAGACUUGAACAGUGGAGAGUAAAACGAAGAGACACGGAGGAAUGGAUGAGGCAUAGACAGUUACCGCUUCAUUUGCAAGAACGAGUUCGUCGAUUUGUUCAAUAUAAAUGGAUUGCAACUCGAGGUGUAGAUGAAGAGUCGAUCUUGCGCUCAUUACCUUUGGAUCUUCGUCGUCAAAUUCAAAGACAUCUUUCUCUUGCACUCGUUCGUCGUGUUCCCUUUUUCGCACAAAUGGAUGCACAGCUAUUGGACGCCAUUUGCGAGCGUCUCGUCUCAUCCUUGAAUACCAAAGAUACAUUCUUAACUAGAGAGGGAGAUCCCGUAAAUGAGAUGCUCUUCAUCAUCAGAGGUCAACUAGAGAGCUCCACCACCAAUGGUGGCAGGUCAGGAUUCUUCAACUCCAUCACUCUAAGACCCGGCGACUUCUGCGGCGAAGAACUACUAACAUGGGCCUUAGUCCCAACCCCUAACUUAAACUUCCCCUCCUCAACCAGAACCGUGAAAUCACUAACCGAAGUAGAGGCAUUUGCACUUCGAGCCGAAGAUCUAAAGUUUGUAGCCAGUCAGUUCAAGAGGCUCCAUAGCAAGAAACUCCAACAUGCUUUUAGAUAUUACUCCCAUCAAUGGAGGACUUGGGGAUCUUGUUUCAUACAAGCUGCUUGGAGAAGAUAUGUGAAAAGAAGGUUAGCUAUGGAAUUGGCAAGACAAGAAGAGCUUUAUUACACAACCAUUUUGGACCAAGAUCAUCAUGGCAGCCAUGGCAAGGAAAUGAUGGGAAGUGAAGGAGUUGGAGAAUCCAGCCAUGGGUCUAAAACUACUAUUACUACAAAUAACAAAGUACAAAACCUUGGAAUAACAAUGUUGGCUUCAAAAUUUGCAGCAAAUACAAGAAGAGGAGUUCAUCAAAAAUUGGCUGCACUUGAGUCUGAUGCUGCUAGCUUGAAGAUGCCUAAGCUGUUUAAGCCUGAUGAACCUGACUUCUCUGCUUUCCAAAAUGAUAAUUGAGAUUCAUAACUAUAUGCCACCCAUCAAGUUUUGUUCUCUCUCUCUCUCUCUUUUUUUUUUUUGGUUCUUUUUUCCCAUGAAAGUUAGAGAUUAGACAAACAAAAUUAUUUACUUUUUACAUAAUCUUGAAGUAUAAUUGAAAAAAAAUGUUGAAGGUGUAAUUACACAGAAGAAUGACAAUAUAUUGAUAGAUAUAUAUACUUAUAAAGCUAAUUCAAAUUUUAAA